AUUGGAGCAAAAAAUAGAUAUGGCCGCGGCAAGUGUGUCGACCCCAAUAAAUAGAAUAACACGAGACAAUCUGACCGUGUUGAUAAGGAACAACAUCUUGGAUGACUCCGCGGAGUUCAUGUCAGAUAAUGAUAUGAUGGAAACCGAUUCUCCAGUACGCAGCAAAAACAAAAACUUACAGCCAAUCAGCAAAAAGCUCUUCCACUCCCCGAUGCAAAGCGCAGAAAACGAGGCCCAAACUACCAGGAGUCCAGAAAAUCGAAGAAGAAACAGAAAGAGGAAACAGUUUCUUAUCCCUGAUGGGGGUGAAAGGUUCAAGAAGGCGUACAUACAGUGCGAGGAGGGGUAUAGUGAGAAUAUGGGGGGGAUGAGGAAGAAAGUGUUGAUCAGUCUGUUUCAUAAUAAGGAGUAUUCUAUGGAUGUUGGGAUUUAGUUAGAUUUAGUAAUAUU